AUGCGUAAAGCCUCAGAACCACCCACAUUACAGAGAAAAAAAUACUUUAUCAAACGAAAUAAAAUCAAAAAUAUUUGGUUGAGCGCGCUGCAGCAUUUGAAUCUUUUUAAUUCGAUAUGUGUGGAAUCACAAAAUGGUAGUUGGGAUCGAACAAAAUUGGGAAAACACACUGUAUUAAUAUUAACCGUUCUGUUGAACAAUACGUCUAUUGCAUUUACAAUUAUUCUAAUAUAUUUAGAAACUAUAAAUGAUUUAGUUACAUGGAAUUCAAAACUUGGAAAAUUUCGUAAAUUAUCUUAUACACUAGAUUCAUGGAUAAUUGAAAAUGGAUAUCAAGUAUGUUUAAAACUGUGGUCUGAAAUAAUUAUCUAUUUUAUUAUUGGUUUUGAUAGCAGUUUAUGUCUUCGAAGGUAUUCACCAUAUAAAAUGUUAUUUUCUACUGAAUAUCAACAAAUAAUAAAAGGAGUAAAAGAAAUAUUUAAGUGGUUAAACAAUGAAGAUUAUAAAAAUCUUCUUAUUAAGUACAAAACACAUGUUGAUGUCUACGAAUUUCUUAUGAAAAUAUUAAAAUUAAAUCCAUUUUUUAAUAAUCAAACAAAUACUCUUAAGUUUUUUACACGAGCAUUAUUAAUUCAACAGCACAUUCAUAAAACGCACAACCUAUUUAAAACAACAACGAAUUAUAUAAAAUCGGUUAGCGAAAAAGCUUUAAUUGAUUUAACACCGGUUGUACAUUUAACACGUUGUCGGCCAUCAUAUUGUAAUGAUACAUUAAAUGCAAUUUCAGAACGUUAUGAAGAUCGAAUGGGUAUACUGAAUGAAAAAAUUUGCUGUGAUCUUGUUCCAAAAUGGUCACGACAAGGAGAUAGGAACAUCAACAGACGUUUAGAUUUUCGGUAUACAUUUUCUCGUGCUGAAAGUUGUUUAGCAAACUUGAGGUCAGAAUUAGAAAUAUCAUUUAUAGGCUUUAUAAAAUGUAUGUAUCACCAUUAUAUAGCUGAUUCAAUGAUGAUUGAUUCAUAUAUAUUUAAAACAUUGUUAGAUUGGUAUAUUGAAAGUACGCUAAUCGAUAGCUGGAAACAAACGGACAAUUUCAUAAACGAUUGUUAA